AGAAUGCAAGCGGAAUUACCUCCGGUCCACUGAGUUUUUUGUAUGAGCCUAAAAGGAAACUUUGCCUCAUUCUCUGUGUUCAUGCCCAUUUUCUUUGCUCAAAGCUGCUCGCAGAGCUGUAUCCUGGGGGGUGACAAGUUCUUUCUUGUGUUUCCGCUUACAAUGUAUAGGUGUUAGUAUUUUGAGGAACCAUACUCAUCCAUCCAUGUUCCAGCCUGCACAAUUUUAAGGUUGAAAUACAGCCAGCAUCGCCUUUGCUAAGAACUUAGAUGGCUAGCUAAUCUGUUUCUGUUGCCACAGCUGGGCUCCAAAGCUCUCCUUGCUUAUUAGCUCAGCUGAUAAGACUAAGAACUGGCAUGUUACCCAGGAGCCGACUGUGCGGCGGAGAGUCCUGUCUGGCUGCCUUGCAUUCCAGAUUCCUUUCAGUUUGACAUAGUAGGCCCAGGCGUAGCGUACUGCUGCGCUACAGAGGAAGGAAGGGGCGCCCUUGUGGAGCUGUGUCAUUUCUGGGACCUGGGCUCUGACUCACUGCCUGUGAGCACAGAAAGUUGUGAAGUUUGUAGUUCUGGGUGAAGGCUAGCUGAGAUGCAGCUGAACUGGUGGCGUGUACAGCAGGGUGGGUACAGAACCCCAAAAAAAUGUUUGCUGACGGAGCUUUAAUGGUGUCAUUGCAUGAGUGUCGACAUAAGAGCAUUUGGGAAUAGCCCUCUUAAGAUGUGUCAUUUUAUUUCAGUUCCUUUUCAAUCAGGGAAAAGCUUGGCUUGUGAAAGGCCGUGUUGGCGGGAGGCCUGCUCACAGGUUUGGAGGCUGUGUUUAACGUCGUCCUCAUGGCAUCGGGAGGUGUGCAGGCAUUGGCCGUGUUGGCGGGAGGCCUGCUCACAGGUUUGGAGGCUGUGUUCAACAUCGUCCUAAUGGCAUAGAGAGGUGUGCAAGCAUUGGCCGUGUUGGCGGGAGGCCUGCUCACAGGUUUGGAGGCUGUGUUCAACGUCGUCCUAAUGGCAUAGAGAGGUGUGCAGGCAUUGGCCGUGUUGGCGGGAGGCCUGCUCACAGGUUUGGAGGCUGUGUUCAAUGUCACCCUAAUGGCAUAGAGAGGUGUGCAGGUAUUGGCCGUGUUGGCGGGAGGCCUGCUCACAGGUUUGGAGGCUGUGUUCAACGUCGUCCUAAUGGCAUAGAGAGGUGUGCAAGCAUUGCCCGUGUUGGCGGGAGGCCUGCUCACAGGUUUGAAGGCUGUGUUCAAUGUCGUCCUAAUGGCAUAGAGAGGUGUGCAGGCAUUGGCCGUGUUAGCUGUCGUGAUUCUAUUCCCCUUUUCACCAGGGCUGUUGUGCAGGCAUUAGUGUUCUUUCUAUUUGAAAUCUGACUUCUGCCUUCCCCUUUUUAAAAGUUCCUCAUAAACUGUGUUGUCACUCCUUCUCUGUGGAAGUAGUGCGACCAUAAUUCUGUUGAAACGAUUUUGUGGCAGACAUAAAAAGCACAGACUGCAGGGCAAAAAAAAACAUGUCUACUUGCUACCGAAUUAAAUAUCAGAUUGCAAUAAAGAUGUUAAAAGCUCAAUUACUGUAAUCCUUAAUCCUAAUACCCCUGUAAUUAAGACUACAUGACAUGAAAAUGUCAUUCCUGGAACAGUACGGUUGGUCUCCCUCCUAUGUUAUUCAGUCUGUCAAAUCUUUUUGUGUGGAAAGACGUCAUUUUCCUACAGCUCAUGCUUCGCUGAACCCAUGAAGCAAAAAUGUGUGCAAGCUCUCUCUUCUUGUUUUUGUGGACAUCCAUACGAGAACACGUCGAUCAUGUUGAUUGUUUACUUAAGACUAAUCAGUUUUUUUUUUUUUCAAUCAAAGCAAAGAACUUGCUUGUGUUGCCUUUGCCUAUUAGUGGAGACUUAAAAUAGAGGAUAGCAUGUGAGUCUCUGAAGACUUCCAUUAAAAUAUCUCAUGAGUAUGAAUUCAUUCUCAUCAGAGCUGGGCAAUCAGUUAUUGACUAGGGACUGUGAUCUGACUCCAUCUUGGAAUACAUUGAUACCAGCAGAGGACAUUCUAUCAUUCAUACAUGGAACCAUCUAGUUGACACCAUGGCCCAGAUAUCCAGUGGCAACGGAUUCAAGCAGGACUUGUCCCCACCUAUGGAGGGACGACCAAAGGGGAUUGUGGGUAAGGAGGAGGCCCUGCGCAUGGAAGUCGAGGCAUUGGCCAAGCUGCAGAAGGUGAAGAGGCAGACCCAUCCCACAUCUUCCUCGGCUGCUAAAUCCCUGAGCCGUGAAGCUCAGAGGGCCUCCACCAGCAGGCCAGAGAAAGACCUCAUCGUCUUCCCAGAGUCAGAGGCCAAGAAGAGGGCAGAGAAAGACAAGUUCCAGGAUAUUGAUGUCGAGAAGCUCACCACAGAGGAGCUGGAGAAACUUCUGCUGGACGACAGCUUUGAGGCAAACAGCAAGGUCUCCAGACCCUCCUCCUUGCUGGGGUGCAACCUCAGUGCCUCCUUCCCUGGCAGUCAGCCGUAUAACCGAGCUCCGUUUCACAGUGGCCCUUGGACACCUGCCGUUGGCACCCCUUCUGCCUCUGCUCUGUCUACCCCAGCCCACCAGCAGACCCCCAUCUUCGCCUCUGCCCCUUUCUCCAAGCCGCCCGGCUCCUUCCAGAAUGGCCUUACUGCUGGGAUGCUUUUUAGGCCUUCCGAGCCCCUCUACUUGUCUCCUUUUGUGGCUUUCAGCCCCAUGCAGCCCCCCACUCCGGUCGUCUACCAACCUCCCGCCGUCGACCCAGAGAUGGCAAAGCUCUUCGACAAGAUUGCCAGCACCUCCGAGUACUUGAAGAACGGGAAGUCCGCUGUCACUGACCUGGACCCUGGCAGCGCUAAAUCCCUUGCCCCCAAGCCGCCAGCCUCAGAACCCCCCAACAUCAGCCGCUUCGAUUGGCUAGACCUGGACCCACUCACCAAGUGCAAGCUUGAUGGAGAAGAGGCCCCUCCUGCUGUGGGGGCUGCUGUGACUGAGCGGGUGGGUGACCCAUGGGAUGCAGUGCUGCUGGAUGAUGGUGAUAGCGGAGCUGCUGGCAGCCCCCCAGCUCGGGGGAAGAGCCAGCACCCUGCCCUAAGGAGCUCCGCUGAGAUGACUUUGCCCAGACGCAAUUCCCUCAACAUCCCUUCAACGUUUUCAUCAGAAACCCAGAGCAACCAGAAUGAAAAGGGAAGUGAGAGAGCGCUUGUGAAGUACAACGCCCUUCACGACCCAGAGGCAGAGAACGACGAGGUUCUCUCCUUCUGCGAGGACAUAGCAGUCCUGAGGCACACGUUCCGGCACGAGGACCUGGUCACCAACCCCGGGUGUGUGCUGAGCCCGGUGAUCCCGCAGCGGGAGCUGAACAGCGACAACGGCAGCAGCGUGAAGGUCUCCAUCGAAAUCUCCGACUCCCUGGAACCUGUCACCUUCACCUGUGAUGUGAGCUCUCCGGUGGAGCUUCUCAUCAUGCAGGCCCUGUGCUGGGCGCACGACGACCUGAACCAGGUGGACAUUGGCAGCUACCUCCUCAAAAUCUGUGGCCAGGAGGCAGUCCUGCAGAACAAGCAUAGCUUGGGCAGCCAUGAGUAUGUCCAGAGCUGCAGGAAGUGGGAGACUGAGAUUAAGCUUCAGCUCCUCUCCAAGAGCACGAUCAAGAGGGACCUGGCGCGCACGGCGGAUGACGAUACUUCCCCCAUCGUAUUGGAGAAGUACCUGCAUCUGGUGGAGAGGCCUUUCAAGGAAACGGUUACCAGGCACUCUCUUGUUGACUACCUGGAGAGCUAUCACAAUCAAGUCAACAUCUGCCUGCAGAACGAGAACACCCAGUACAAGACCAUGGAGCACGUGAUCCAGACCGUGAAGAACAUCUGCUGUCUGAUGGACGAGGUGGAGUCCAUGGCAAUCACUGAAGCAGUAAAGAAGGUCAAGCGUUCUGUCAACCUCCCCAAAACCAAAUCCUUUGAGGCUGGUAUAAAAUCCUCAGAUGGCUCAGCAGAUGGCCACAUCAGUCCAGUGGAGGAGAGCCUUGCUGGCCUCACCGCCGCUGUGUACGACCUGAUCAAACUGUACCUUCGCUCAUUUUGCCCCCCAUCGUCCAGUGGCUCUGAGGGCCAGCCUACCAAGGGUCAGCCGAAUGAGGUCCGGGACAGCAAGGAAGCCUCAGACACAACGGAGCACCUGCAAUUCACCCUGGUUGCUGUGCACGGCAUUACUAACGUGUGGGUCAGCAGCUAUGAAAAGUACUAUCUGAUGUGUGCCCUAACACACAAUGGAAAGAAUCUGUUCAAGCCAGUUCAGUCCAAGAAGGUCGGCACGUACAAGAAUUUCUUCUACCACAUUAAAUGGGAUGAACUGAUACAUUUUCCCAUCCCGGUUGCCCUCCUGCCCUUGGAGUCAAUGCUGAGCCUUUCCUUGUUUGGAAUUCUGAACCAGAAUGCCAACAGUUCACCCGAUUCCAACAAGCAGCGCAAGGGACCGGAACUACUGGGCAAAGUAUCCAUGCCCCUGUUCGACUUCCGACGGGUUCUGGCUCGUGGGCCCAAACUGUUGAGCCUGUGGACCUCCCCUACAACAGCCCUGGCCGGUAUCACGGGCCACAAGAGGAGCCCCGUGGAGAGGAUCCUGCUGCGGGUGGACUUCCCCAGUCCAGCUGUGGAUAUCCUCUAUGUGGGGCCCCAGGCCACCAGCUGCCCCGACCCCCAGUCACUGGAGGCCCUUGACCCCGACCUGACUCGCUGCAUCGAGAAGCUGUGCAACCGGGCCUCCAUGUUUGGGCUGACACGUGCUGACAGGCUGCUUCUGUGGGACAAGCGGCACUACUGCCGUGCCUAUAAGCAGAGCCUGCCCAAAGUCCUGGCCAGCGCCCCCAGCUGGGACUGGGGCAGCAUGGCAGAGAUCCACACUCUCCUGCAUCAAUGGCCACCCCUGACUCCAGUCUCCGCCUUGGAGCUUUUGGACUCCAAGUUUGCAGACACUGAGGUGCGGAGUGUGGCCGUUAGCUGGAUUGAGAGCAGCAGUGAUGACGAGCUCGCUGUGUAUCUGCCCCAGUUGGUGCAGGCACUGAAGUUCGAGUGCCACCUGAAGAAUGCCUUAGUGAUAUUCCUGCUCUCUCGAGCCCUGGGCAAUGUCAACAUUGCCCAUUACCUUUACUGGUUGCUGCGGGACGCCGUGCAGGACCCUUGUUUCGGCAUACGCUAUGAGCGUGUCCUGGGGGCGCUGCUGUGCCUGUGCGGAGCGGGGAUGCGGGCCGAGCUGGACAAGCAGGCUCAGCUGACGCAGCUCCUGGGGUCGCUGGCUGAGAAGGUGCGGCAGGCCAGCAGCUCCACCAGACCGGCUGUUCUUCAGGAGGGGCUGGGAGUUGUGCAAUCCUUCUUCCAGAAGAACACCUGCCGACUGCCCCUCAGUCCGAGCUUGGUGGCCAAAGGCCUGCUUGGGAAGGCCUGCUCCUUCUUCAAUUCCAAUGCGGUGCCUCUGAAACUCGCGUUGGUCAAUGCCGACCCACUUGGAGAAGAGAUCAAUGUUAUGUUCAAGGUGGGGGAAGACCUCAGGCAGGACAUGCUGGCACUGCAGAUGAUCCGAAUUAUGGACCGGAUUUGGCUCCAGGAGGGUCUAGACCUACGAAUUGUCAACUUCAAAUGCAUCUCCACCGGAAAAGACAAAGGCAUGGUAGAGCUGGUCCCAGCCUCUGAAACUCUACGGAAGAUCCAGGGAGAAUAUGGGGUGACGGGCUCCUUCAAGGACAAGCCGCUGGCGGAGUGGCUGCGCAAGUACAACCCAGCUGAGGAAGAGUAUGAAAAGGCAUCCGAGAACUUCAUCUACUCAUGUGCGGGCUGCUGCGUGGCUACCUACGUGCUGGGCAUCUGUGACCGACAUAACGACAAUAUAAUGCUUCGCUCUACCGGUCACAUGUUCCACAUCGAUUUCGGCAAAUUCCUGGGACACGCACAGAUGUUCGGAAGCUUUAAGAGGGACCGCGCCCCUUUUGUGCUGACCUCUGACAUGGCAUACGUCAUCAACGGAGGGGAGAGGCCCACCAGCCGCUUCCAGCUGUUUGUGGACCUGUGCUCGCAGGCCUACAACCUGAUACGCAAAAAUGCCAGCCUCUUCCUCAACCUGCUGUCCCUGAUGACAUCAUCAGGUCUUCCAGAGCUGACCGGAGCCCAGGACCUAAAAUAUGUGUAUGAUGCUCUGCAGCCUGAAACCACUGAUGCAGAAGCCACCAUUUUCUUCACCAGGCUGAUCGAGUCCAGCCUGGGCAGUAUGGCCACCAAGUUCAACUUCUUCAUUCACAACCUGGCCCAGCUGCGCUUCUCUGGCCUUCCCUCCAACGAUGAGCCCAUCCUGUCCUUCUCACCCAAGACCUACACGCUUAAGCAGGACGGCCGCAUCCGUGACGCUUCCAUCUUCACUUUCCAUAAGAGAUACAACCCAGACAAGCACUAUACGUACGUGGUGAGAGUAUUCAGAGAGGGCCAGAGUGAGGCGCAGUUUGUGUUGCGCACCUUUGAUGAGUUCCAGGAGCUGCAUAAUAAGCUGACUAUCCUCUUCCAGCUAUGGAAGCUCCCUGGAUUCCCCAACAAGAUGGUCCUGGGCCGCACGCACAUCAAGGAGGUGGCAGCCAAGAGGAAGGUGGAGCUCAACAGCUACAUGCACAGCUUGAUGAGGAGCUCCACUGAGGUGACCCAGUGUGACCUAAUCUACACAUUCUUCCAUCCGAUCGCUCGAGAUGACAAGAACGAAGGGUUCGAGGGCAUGACUAAACCUCAAGAUAUGAUGCCGAUGAGCCCGACCACAGGGAAGGUGGGGGGCGAAGUGAAGCUGUCUGUGUCCUACAGGAACGGCAACCUUUUCAUCAUGGUAAUGCACAUCAGAGACCUGGUGUCAGAGGAUGGCACGGACCCCAAUCCUUAUGUGAAGACCUAUUUGCUCCCUGAUCCACACAAAACCAUGAAACGUAAAACAAAGAUCUCCAGGAAAACCAGGAACCCCACCUUUAACGAAAUGCUUGUGUACAGCGGCUACAGCAGAGAGAGCCUGAGCCCGCGGGAGCUGCAGCUGAGCGUGCUCAGUGCCGAGCCCCUGAGGGAGAACUGUUACUUGGGAGGCCUCACCCUGAGCCUGAAAGACUUCAACCUCAGCAAAGAGACUGUCAAGUGGUACAAGCUCACGGCUGUGCCCUACUUUUAG